AAAAGUAGAAAUGAAAUGAAAAUGAAAAAAAGAUGCAAAUCUGCAACAAUCUGCAACCCAGAUUCUGUGACAGCAAUGUAGAACCACAAAACCCAGCCAACAUAUAUCUGUAUCUUUCUAUCUUCGCAUUUUAAUUUACCUGGUGCUUUUCUCUUGAAGAUUUGCGCUGCAAUGUGUAUGAGUUUAAAUGUUAUUGGAGCAGCAUGGAAGGAUUUUUGUAGAUUAGAUGUCAUAGAAACGGAGAAGAUGGGAUGGUUGGAGAAAGGUCCUAGGUUAGAGGAAGAUGGAAGCAAUGGAAAGACAAGUAGAUGGAUCAAAUGGGGACGUGGGACAAUGGAGAAUAUGUGUAUGGAAUUCUCGGUUAGCUGCACAGAAACGACAGGUGUUGUUCUUAUGGAUUGGGAUCUGAACAAUCUAUCCAUGAGUGAACGACCUCGUCAGCUGUGGAAAGUAAUAGCAAGCCCACAGGUUGAGCUCCCACGAGCUGGAGAACGAGUCUUCUAUUUUCCGUAAGGACACAUGGAACAAGGGAAUGUUUGUGUUUAAAUUCAAAUUUCUAUCUUUAGAUGAGGUAAAUUAUUCCAUUUAUUUAUGGGAAUGAUUCUCGUGUUUGGAAUUGGGGAUUCGAUAUUCAAAUAUGGGCAUUCUGGUUGGGAUUGUAUUGUAGUUGGUGGCGUCCAUGAAUAAAGAGAUGAAUCAAAGGAUUCCGCUGUUCAAUCUUCCAUCCAAGAUUCUUUGCUGCGUUAUUAACAUUCACUUUGCUGGUAUUCUCUUUUUCUAGUUUUUAUGUUAUGUUUUAGUUUCUGAGGAAUAAAAAACAAGAGAUGUUUUUGGAUCCUAUGUUCUUUAUUAUUAUUUUUUUCUUUUAGGCAUUAGGUUUUGUAGAUGAAUGAAAUGGCAUUUUUGUC